GGCUAUUUAAGGAGCGGUGCCGAGUGCUCUGCUUCAUUUCCUCCACCAGUCGCUGAGAAUCUUAAGUUAAUAGAUCCGAUCCGCCCGGGUCUCGGCAUGGCGGCUCAAUAGAGAGGUAGCAGCGGCAGCAACGCAUCAGUGCACAGCACUGGGCACAAAAAGCACACACCGGCUUCAAAAUGGCGCUCCACAAUGGACUUCUCAGCAUUGCUGUAGUCGACAGCAUAGAAAUACUCGACUUGAAGACUUUGUUUUUCCUCGAAGAGCAUCUCAGUUUAACAAUACAGACAGAUGAUGUCAGUUUGGCCAGAUUCUUUCUCUUCCCUGAUGGAGGACUUCGUGUCCUUCCUCGAUUCGCCGUUUCUGACGGCUGAAGGGGACCCGUGUCUCCUGCACACAGAUCUGGAGGAGGCCGGGCCGGUGAAAUCGUGCCUCAGACCACUCCUGUCUGGUGGCAAUGAGGAAAGCGAUGCGUCCUCCCAGUGCCCGUGUGUUGACUCGUUACUGGACACAGACAAUAUUGCGGAGGAUGCAUUCACCGGCUUGGACUGGAUGGUAGAGAAGGUGGAUCUCUUUGAUAUCCUGAUGGUGGAUGAAAAUGGCUCUUCCUCCUCAGAGGAGCUGUUGGCCGUCUUGAACAGUUCCUGUGAUCUUGAAGAAUUGCCUUUUGAUUCCUUGUCAGCAAAACCACAAGUAGCUGACCUUGGCUUGAAUCUUGGCCUUGAGCCAUUCCCAAAUUCACCCCUGGGGUCAGAUCAGCUGGCUCCUGGUACCCCAACUGUUAUCCCAGAAUCUUUAACCUCGUCCCCUGAUGAUUUUUUCCACUUAGAAGUAGAGAAGGAAGUUAGUGUUUCAGAUGGUGAUGCAUUGCCUCAAUCCUGGCCUCUGCAGGAUUCCUGCAAAGAAGUGGAUGAAGGGCCAGUAUUGGAUUCUGACAGCGGAGUUGGGACCAGUCCCCCUCACUCCACUGAUGAGUCUUUUGACAGAAGUGCGUCGGAGGGAUCACCCCAAACUAGUGGAUCCUCACUAGAUGACUUCAGCCCCAUAAGGCCCAAACCAUAUGAUCGUCCUAGUGCAGAAAAUGUAGGCAGCUUGUCGAAAGUAAAAGUCAGUGGUAUGGAGCCAAGAGGUCUAGAGAAAAAGUUGAAGAAAAUGGAGCAGAACAAAAGUGCAGCGACACGGUAUAGACAGAAGAAGAGAGCAGAGCAUGGUGCUAUAGUUGCAGAGUGUAGUUUACUGGAGGAAAAGAAUAAAAAUCUGCAGGAGAAAGUGGACUCAUUAGCGAAAGAAAUUCAAUAUUUAAAAGGCUUGAUAGAAGAAGUUAGAAAAGCUAAAAGUAAUAAAAGUGCAAAAAGCUUGUAAUAUAGCAGCUGUUGUUUUGUACAUGUGUUGGCUAAAUAAUUUUUAAUAAAAAAAUAUUAAAUGAGA